UCUUGCGGUGCGUGGCUAGAUGUUGCUUGAAAAAAUGUCGGGUUUUAAUUUAGGGUUUCUUCUUAUGGUUUUUGUGCAGAUUAGUUUAAGUUUUGCUAAGGAUAAAGUAUGUGAUAUUCCACAAACCGCUCCCAAAAAAAUAGAAUCAGUAAUUAAUGAGUGUCAGGAUGAAAUAAAAGUGGCAAUUUUAUCAGAAGCACUAGAGGCCCUUAAUGUAAAUGAGCACACAAAGAGCAGGGCUAAAAGAGAUGCCUUUAACAACGAUGAAAAAAGAAUUGCAGGUUGUUUGUUGCAAUGCGUCUACAGGAAAAUGAAUGCAGUUAACAAAAAAGGUUUUCCAACAACCGAGGGUUUAGUGAGGCUCUACACCGAAGGCAUAAACCAAAAGGAGUACAUUCUGGCAACGUUGCAAUCCGUUAGCACUUGUUUGGUGACAGCUCAAAAGAAACACUUGAUAACUCCUCAAUCAAUUGAUGAAGAGGGAAAAACCUGUGACAUAGCCUACGACAUAUUCGAUUGCGUUUCCGACAAAAUAGGCGAUUAUUGCGGCCAAACGCCAUAAAAAUGUACUUUACAACCUGAUAUCUGCACUGGAUCAUCUUAAAAAAAAAUAACAUACUAAAAUCUGCAAAUUAUUGUUAUUAGUCCAGCAAUUAAAUUACCUGAGAGAACCAACUUAUGUAAAUCACAUAAUUAACUAGAUAGUUAAUAAUAAUAAGUAGUGUGCUGUGGUUUUGUACAGCCAAUGAAAGAAGGUUUUGUACAGUCAAUGCAAAUUGUUUUUUUUUAUAAUAAGUUUCUUGGGAAUGUAAUUAUAUAGGGUUACAAAUAAUUGUACAAAAUUAAUAA